AUGCCGUGCACGAAUUUGGUCCAAGUCGGGGUGCAGAGCACAGAGUCUGGCGGAGUCUGGUGUACUGCCAAGGUGCUCUUCCUUGCCUACGGCAACCGACGACUCGAAGUCCUCAGUGGUGCUGGCUUUGACUCAGUGUGCCACCAGGCAGAAGCCACCCUGUCUUUGCACCCACAGUCCUACGAGAUUCACGAUGCCUGUGGCAAGGUUGAUGCUGAUAGCUUUGAUCGAUCCCUUGCUUCCUCUCGCGGCCUCUGCGUCUUGGAGCUGCGCGAAAAACCGGAGUGGCAGAAGAUGCGACAGAUGGAGGUCCAGAUCCAGCAGCUUCUGGAACGAUCCAGUGAAGCUGAGAUAAAGGCUGAAGUGGAGCGACAAGUGGCCGCACGUGUUGAUGCAGCCAUGGGAAGGCUGAAGGCGGAACUGCGAAAGGAUUUGGACGGCGGAAAAAUGGAGGAGUUGGAGGACGGCAACUCGUUGUUUUCGCGUGUGGCCAUCCUCGAGACCGAGUUGGCUGAACACGUCAUCGACAGCUCCGCAGAUCUCGGGCGCCUGGAGGCGGGGCUCGUCACGGCACAACAGGAGUUGCAACAACUGCGCAGCUUCACCGCAGAUCAGCUGAGUCACUUGGAGCAAAAUGACCAAAACCUGGAGCAAAACUUGGAGAAUAUGGAGAACAUCUCCAAGGAUAUCUCCAAGGCCAUGAAGGCCAUGAAGGACAUGGAGGACAUGGAGGAUGUGAAGAUGAAGAUGUGUAACAUGACACAAAGUGUAGAUGAACUCUCUGAGAAGAUGGCAGCUAUGGAAAUUGAUCUCAAUGAACAAGCGAUCACAGCUUCAGCAGUGAAUGGCCAUUUGGAAAGUGGUGUUGCGACUGCUAAGCAGGAGCUCGAAUCCCUUCGCCAUUGCAUGGCUGAGCAAUUGAACUUCGUGAAUGCAAAGAUGGAGCACUUCGUGCAAGAAAGGCCGUCCAAGGCUUUAGGUCCAGUUCCACAGGCCAUUGCAUGGUCGGAUGGCUUCAAGUCCCAUGAGCUAUCUGUGCCAGCUGUGGAUGGGACGCUCUACGGAAAGAUGGGAAAGGCCUUGUGGAAAAGCGCGCCUGCACUGACCACGUUGAAACGAGCUUCGAAGUCUCUACCACAGCUGCCGCCAUUGUGA